AACCCGAUGCCUCAUCAUUUCCUCCUCCUCGAUCUGGUUAGAUUGGGUCGAAUUGGAUUUGGACAGCUGUGCUCGGGAGUAGUCGCUUGCUUGUGCGCAAGAAAGAGGAAGGAGGAAGUAGGAGGGCAGAAGGCCGAUGGCGUCGAAGCGGAUCCUCAAGGAGCUCAAGGACCUGCAGAAGGAUCCCCCUACCUCCUGCAGCGCCGGCCCUGUGGCGGAAGAUAUGUUCCACUGGCAAGCGACGAUCAUGGGUCCAUCAGAUAGCCCGUAUGCUGGUGGCGUCUUUUUGGUCACCAUUCACUUCCCUCCAGACUACCCAUUCAAACCACCCAAGGUUGCAUUCAAGACAAAGGUUUUCCAUCCUAAUAUCAACAGCAACGGGAGCAUCUGUCUUGAUAUCUUGAAGGAACAAUGGAGCCCCGCAUUGACAGUUUCAAAGGUGCUUCUCUCAAUUUGCUCCCUAUUGACGGAUCCGAACCCCGACGACCCAUUGGUCCCAGAGAUUGCUCACAUGUACAAGACUGAUCGGGUGAAAUACGAGUCCACCGCGAGGAGCUGGACGCAGAAAUAUGCGAUGUGCUGACAUUGCAGGCCACUGGGAAGAUGACGCCAGACCUAUCUGUUCUUGUUACACCAGCUGUGUCUUUGUUCCAGUUCUAAUGUACUAUCUUCUGUGGUUGUAAUCGUAUGUCAACUAACGACAGAAGGUAUGAAUUAAACAGUUCGUGCAUCCAACAAUUGUUCAAAAAUGGAAGACUGAAACUUCAA